CCCAAAAUAAUGAGAUUACAGGCGUGAGCCAUCAUCUUGCUGGACCACAAUUAUAGUGUCUAAACUCUACUAGGUCUUCAAUGACUCUUGUCUAACUUGUCACUUUAGUGUCUCACACAGGUUAUGCAAUAUUUCUGCCACUUUCCUAAACCUUCCUUCUCACUUCAAACCCUUCUGUUGUCCUCAGUUAGCUCCUUUCUCCUUCAGUGGUUUGUUUAAGUACUUCCCUUCGCCUGAAUAACCUCCUGUAUCUUUUCUCAGCGUCAACCACCGUCCAAAUACCCUUUCUAAAAAAGUCACUCAGGGAAGCCUUAAUUGCCUUUUUCUCCUCUCCUCCCCCUCCCCACCCCCCGCAGCUUUUCUUCGCGGUCGGGAACCUACACGGCUUCCAACACCCGGGUAGACUUCCCACCAGACUGGGAGCUCCUCAAAGGCUGGAGUUUUGUUUAAUUUUCCUCCUCUUCCGAGCGCUCCUGCAGUUCCCGGCGCGCAGGAGGGGAUCCGCCGACGUCGGAGACGGGUGAAGCUCUUUGCAAGGGCCUGCCAGGUCUAAUGUGGGAGCCACUUGCCACAUGUGGGUGGCUAUUGAAUACUGGAAAUGUGGUUAUAUCUGGGUACUGGCACCCAGCCACUCGUCUGCCAAUGAAGUACAUUCUGGUGACAGGUGGAGUCAUCUCAGGCAUUGGUAAAGGGAUCAUCGCGAGCAGCAUUGGGACGAUUCUGAAAUCAUGUGGACUCCGAGUUACUGCCAUCAAAAUCGACCCCUACAUUAACAUUGACGCUGGCACUUUUUCACCUUAUGAACAUGGUGAAGUGUUCGUCUUAAAUGAUGGUGGAGAAGUUGAUUUAGAUCUUGGAAAUUAUGAACGAUUUUUGGAUAUUAAUCUGUAUAAAGAUAACAACAUCACCACCGGGAAGAUAUAUCAGCAUGUGAUCAAUAAAGAGAGGCGUGGCGAUUACUUGGGGAAAACAGUACAAGUUGUCCCUCACAUUACCGAUGCGGUCCAGGAGUGGGUUAUGAACCAAGCCAAGGUGCCCGUGGAUGGUAAUAAGGAAGAACCCCAAAUAUGCGUCAUUGAGCUGGGAGGCACCAUUGGAGACAUUGAAGGGAUGCCGUUCGUGGAAGCGUUCAGACAAUUCCAGUUUAAGGCGAAAAGAGAGAAUUUCUGUAAUAUCCAUGUUAGCCUUGUCCCACAGCCCAGUGCUACUGGAGAACAAAAAACCAAACCCACGCAAAACAGUGUCCGUGCGCUGAGGGGGUUAGGCCUGUCUCCAGAUCUGAUUGUCUGCCGAAGUUCAACGCCCAUCGAGAUGGCAGUGAAGGAGAAGAUUUCUAUGUUUUGUCACGUCAACCCUGAACAGGUCAUAUGUAUCCAUGAUGUUUCUUCCACAUACCGAGUGCCUGUGCUUUUGGAGGAACAAGGCAUUGUUAAAUAUUUUAAAGAGAGAUUGGACCUGCCCAUUGGUGAUUCUGCAAGUAAUUUGCUUUUCAAGUGGAAAAAUAUGGCUGACAGAUAUGAAAGGUUACAGAAAACAUGCUCCAUAGCCCUGGUUGGCAAAUACACCAAGCUCAGGGACUGCUAUGCUUCCGUGUUCAAAGCCCUGGAGCACUCAGCCUUGGCCAUCAACCACAAGUUGAAGCUGAUGUACAUAGACUCCAUCGAUCUGGAGCAGAUCACUGAAACCGAGGACCCUGUGAAAUUCCACGUAGCUUGGCAGAAGCUAUGCAAAGCUGAUGGUAUUCUUGUGCCCGGAGGCUUUGGAAUCAGAGGAACACUGGGAAAACUCCAGGCGAUUUCUUGGGCAAGGGCAAAGAAGAUUCCUUUUCUGGGAGUUUGCCUUGGGAUGCAACUAGCAGUGAUAGAGUUUGCCAGAAAUUGCCUUAACUUGAAAGAUGCUCAUUCCACAGAAUUUGAGCCAAACACCCCAGUUCCUGUGGUGAUUGAUAUGCCUGAACACAACCCUGGCAAUUUGGGAGGAACAAUGAGGCUGGGAAUAAGAAGAACUGUUUUCAAAACUGAGAAUUCAAUAUUAAGGAAACUUUAUGGGGAUGUUCCUUUUAUAGAAGAAAGACACAGACAUCGAUACGAGGUGAACCCUAAUCUGAUCAACCGAUUCGAGCAGAGUGACUUAAGUUUCGUAGGUCAGGAUGUGGAUGGGGAGAGAAUGGAAAUCAUUGAACUGGCAAAUCAUCCCUAUUUUGUUGGCGUCCAGUUCCAUCCUGAGUUUUCUUCGAGGCCACUGAAGCCUUCCCCUCCGUACCUGGGGCUGUUACUAGCGGCAACUGGGAGCCUAAAUACCUACCUGCAACAGGGCUGCAGACUCUCUUCCAGGGGCCCUUUACGAAGGAAUGAUAGAUACAGUGACGCCAGUGAUGACAGCUUUUCAGAGCCAAGGCUAGCUGAGUUGGAAAUAAACUGAAACUAACACGCGACUUGGAGGAAUGGGGACUGCCUGCAAGGCCUCUGAAGAAACUGAACUCAAGAUGAAGGAACUAUCUGAAGUCGUCACCAUACUCUUUACAGAGUCAUUCUGUUCUCCACCGAGCAUGUGCUAUAUAUAAAAGCCUCAAAGGGAAUCUAAUAAUACAUAUUUCCAUGUACCAGAACCAAGGGGGUAGUUUUCUUUUCCCUCUGGAGGUGGCCUUUGUUACUUACACAUUUUUGUAGCUGAUUAAACUUUUUCCAACAACCUCA